AUGCUGGCAACUUUCCCAACGCAAGACUUCCGUCGGAGCUCACAUCAAAAACACCACCUUUCCCUCCUCAAUCCGCAUCCAGCCCCAUGUGUUUCUGUGUGUGACAGAGGUAAUGACCACGAGCUGACGCUAUUUGACCAAUAUCUAGAGCCACAAAUCCUUCCGCACCAAGCAGAAGCUCGCAAAGGCGCAGAAGCAGAACCGUCCCAUCCCACAGUGGAUUCGUCUGAGGACUGGAAAUACCAUCAGGUCAGUUCACACCACAACCAAAGAAAACUUGCGCGGCGCCCUUCUCAAGUCUCCUCCUUGAACCCUGGAUCCGCGUAUCGAGAGAGAGGCAAGAUAGUUCUUGAGGUCUUAGAAACGGGAGCUCGACUACGUGUGAUGCCAACUUGGGUAUCUUGGAGAAGGGGAAAUGGAAACUGGAUCAAAGACAAACGACCCCGCCAAUGUCGAGGCCAACGCUGUUGUUGUUCAUGA